AAAGUUCUGUGAAUGAAAGUGAAGUUCUGUUGAAUUCUGUGGAAAGGGUUAAUACUAAGAUUAUGAUAUUGAUGAUACUUGAUGUAUAA